UCUGCCUUAUAAUGUGCUUCAAGAGCCCUUUCCUGCUUGGAUUAAAGUGAGCUGUUGGCUUAUAAAGAACAAAGCAGAUAGAAAUUGGGUGUUAUUAAUUUUUAAUGAGAGUAAAUGAGCAGCUUUAACUUUUUUAAUGGCAACCUUUUUUAAACAAUUAUAUCAAAAGUCAUUAUUGAGUUGAAUUUAAUUAGCCUUUAAUUAAUUAAUAUUUUUUAAUUUUUUAGAUAUUGCUUGCUUUUAAUAUUUCAUGAGUGCUUCUUCCUCCUCUAAUUGUGACAACAUCGAAAAUAAAACUGUUAAAACAAAAUUAAAUGAAAAUGGAGAAGAAAAAGAAAAGGAAGAAGAAGAUUCAAUUCCCGGACCAAAACCUCCAAAAGCGCCCAAAAAAGAAUAUAUCGAAAUUCUAUUAAAUCCUCCCGAAGAAAGAAUAAAAAAGAAGAAUAAAAAUAUUUGUGAACGUAUUCUUUCAAGACUUAAAAAUCGAGAAGUUUUUGGCAAUUCUCUUUCUUUGCCCAACAUUUUUGAAUUAAAUAAAAGAAAUUCUUCUGUUCAUCAAAGAGAUUUAAAAGCACAUACAGGCUGUGUUAAUGCUGUGGAUUUUUCGCCAAAUGAAGAAUGGAUUGUUAGUGGAGGUGAUGAUUUAAAAGUCCGCCUAUGGAAAACAGUUGAUUGCUGCACUUCUGAAACUCCUUCAUUAACAAGCGUUACAAUGAAAUCAGUUCAUCAAUCAAAUAUUUUUGCUCUUCGAUUUUCUCACAAAACUGAAAGAGUUUAUUCUGCUGGGAAUGACCAUCGACUUUUGGUACAUGAUAUGAGGACUCUUGGACGUCUUUGUACUUAUCGGGCAGCUUCUUCUAUUUAUCAUAUUUCCACUCAUCCAGUUGAUGACAACAUGAUUGCGGCCUCCUCAGAUGAUCGAAACGUUUAUUUGUUUGAUUUGCGAGGUGGAGAAGGUGAUGGAAUGUGUACAAAAUUAAAACAAGAGGGACGUGCUUAUUCUGUUUGUUGGAAUCCUUUAAAUCAUAAUAUUGUAGCUGUUUGUAAUGAAAAGACCGGAUUGGUUAUUUAUGACUUGAGGAUGGGAAUAAAUAAUUACGUUGAAGCUGGAAAAAUUACUCGUCGUGCAAUUUGUUCAGAUUGGUCACCAAAUGGUGAAGCACUUUUUUGUGUUAUGAGCCGUUCAAAUCCUGUAGUUUUUAAUUUGUCUACCUCAGAAUAUGUUCAUUUACGUGAUCCAAAUUAUUCAAAUUUUUGUACAAUUAAAUCUUGCACUUUUGCUGGUCAUAAUUUUAUGUGUACGGGCAGUGAUGAUUGGAAUAUUUAUGUUUGGGAAAUGCCGACAGAUUGGAGCGACAAAAAUGACGAAAAUGAAAAUACAAGUAACGCCUUCACUGUCCUACGCGGGCAUCGCUCAAUAGUCAAUCAUGUUAAAUAUGGCUCAAAAAGUGGAUUAAUGUUGUCUUGUGGAGUUGAAAAAAUUGUUAAAUGUUGGAGUCCUUUGCCAUUAUUUAGUUCCUAUAGCAAUCCAAAACUGAGAACAAAACUUUCAAAUGCACGUCUUUUUCCGUAUGUGGAUAUGGGUGAUCCACAUGGGGAUUCUGAUAUUGAAGAAGAUUUGAGCACCUUACAUCGUUUUGAUUAUUACUAUGAGAUCCAGUCUUUACGAAUGCGUCAGUCAAAUGGAAUUGUGGAGGAUUCCGAUUCGGAUUCUGAUAUGGAUUCAAAUUAUUCUUCUGGCUUUCUUUUGUAUCAGUUUCAGAAUAAUGCAAACAAUGGAAGCAAUAAUGGAGAUGACCAGGAAUCCUAUUUUAGUGGUAUAAGUGCCGGUGGGGAUGUUGAAGAUUCAUCAACAUCAGAAAAUGCUUCAAUUUCUAGUCAACCCCUCGGUCAUUCUGUUGGGGGAGGGGGAGGCCAUAAUAAUUUUGAUGAUGCUUUUUAA